AUGCCAGCUAUGGAGAUGACAAAACCCGCUGGCAUAUUACAAAAGCUCCCAGCCGAGCUACGCAACGACAUCUGGACUCUCGUUCUUCUACACAGCAGGAGUGCACAAGACAUCAAGCAAAUUGGCAAAGAGGCGCCUCCAGCUCUCCUGGGAGUAUGCCGCCAGAUCCGAAGCGAGGCACUCCUCAUGUGGCACUCCGAGGAGAAGUACGUUUACGAAGAUCACGGCAAAGUUUCAAUCCCAUUUCAGCAGAAGGCACUCUCGAUAUGGCUACGUAGCAUGAAGGACAUGAACGCGACUGUAAAGCACUUGACUCUCCGCUUCGAGGACAAAUACUACGGCACUGCGCCUCCAUGCGAUCAGACUUAUGCUGAGCGCAUGGCAUGGGCAAGAACAGGAGGGUGUUUUGUUGUCGAGAAUGCGGCGAGUAGAGCCGCGAAGAGGAUUGUCGAUACGAUCCUUGAUGCUGGCGUACGUAUUGAGGUUAUAUCUGUGGAGGGGCCAAAUGACGGGCGAGGGUCACGAUUCGAGCCAGUCUACGACUUUCGAUGGCAUUGGAGGCGGGCUGCUAUCGAGGAUAUGAUGGAGAGUGGUAAUUUGGUUGGCAAGCUCGAGUGGUCAGCGUCUGUACGCAAAAGCUGGUUCUUCUAA